AUGUCGUGGGUGCCGCCCAACAUGGCGCAGCUGUGCCAGCCGCACGCGCGCGUCAGCACGUGCGCGCCCUCCACCAUGCUCUUUCUGGCGCUGGUGGCGCGCCUGCUGGGGCGCUCCCGCGAUGCCGCCGCCCCCGCACACCGCCCCGCCACGGCGCCCUACUUCGACGACUUCACCUCCUACUUCGACGAAUUCGCCAGCGCCGGGGAGGCCGGCGGCGGCAGCGGCGGCGGCGCAGGAGGAGGUGGAGGCGGGGGCGGCGGCGAGGAGGAGCGCUUCGACUUCAUCAUCGUGGGCGCGGGCUCCGCCGGCUGCGUCCUCGCCAACAGGCUGACGGAGAUCCACAAGUGGCGGGCGGGCAUCGAGGAGCCCCAGGCGGCCGCCGUGCCGGCCUUCGCGCCGCUGCUGCAGCGCUCCAACGUCGACUGGAAUUACCGCACCAUGCCGCAACCGCACGCCUGCCUCGCGCGCCCCAUGGGCGGUUGCGGCUGGGCCAGAGGCAAGGUGAUGGGCGGUUCGAGCACCAUCAACUACAUGAUCUACGCGCGCGGCAACCCGCGCGACUACGACGAGUGGGAGGCGGCGGGCAACGAGGGCUGGGGGUGGCGCCACGUGCUGCCCUACUUCAAGAAGUCCGAGGACAACGAGGACCCCGAGAUCCAGCACCACCAGCCGCACCUCCACGGCAAGGGCGGCCCGCAGACCGUCGAGUGGUUCCCCUUCCAGGACCCCAACGUGGACGCCUUCGUGCACGCCAUGGCGGAGACCGGCCUGCCCGUCACGGACAUCAACGGCGCGCGGCAGAUCGGCGUCAUGCGCUUGCAGACCACUUCAAGAUCGCACGAGCCAUUUCCGGGAGUCACAUCGCUAACACCGCGUCCUCCAUGUCCCGGCAGGCACGGGGAGCGGCUGAGCACCAACGGCGCCUUCAUCCGGCCCAUCCGGCGCAAGCGCGCCAACCUGGUGGUGCGCACGGAGGCGCACGUGACGCGCGUGCUCAUCGACCCGCACACGCGGCGCGCGGUGGGCGUGGAGUACCUGCGCCAGGGCGCGCGCGCGCUCGCCACCGCGCUGGCCGACAAGGAAGUGGUGCUGUCGGCGGGCGCCAUCAACUCGCCCAAGGUGCUCAUGCUGUCGGGCGUGGGCCCCACGGAGCGCCUGCGCCACCUCGCCAUCCGCCCGCUGCACCACCUGCCCGUGGGCUACAACCUGCAGGACCACGUCACCACCGACGGGCUCGUCUUCGUGCUCAACAAGACGGCCACGGCCGUGCAGCCCGAGCAGAUGACGCGCGACUUGCACAAGUUCGUGCAGACGCACAAGGGACCGCUCUCCGCCACGGGGCCCCUGCAGGUGGGCGCCUUCAUAAGCUCCAGCUACCAGCAGUACCACGACGACAAGGACGUGCCGGACCUCCAAUACUCGUUCGACACGGCCAACGUGCAGGACCUGCUGAAGGACCCGGUGCAAGCGGCCGAGACGAACGUGCAGCCGCUGUCCUACUACGACGGCGUGACCAUCCGCCCCAUCCUGCUGGCGCCGCGCAGCCGGGGCUUCGUCACCCUCAACGACAGCGACCCGGUGUGGGGCGCGCCGCUCAUCUUCCCCAACUACUUCGCCAAGGAGCCCGACCUGGACGUGAUGGUGGAGGGCAUGCGCUCGGGCGCGCGCCUCGUCUUCACGCACGCCAUGCGCCGCAUCGGCGCCCUCAUCCUGGACCUGCCCAUGCCCGCGUGCGCGCACUGCCGCUUCGGCUCCGACGCCUACUGGCGCUGCGUCGUGCAGCAGUACACCGCCACCAUCUUCCACCCGGUGGGCACGUGCAAGAUGGGGCCCAAGUGGGACGACGAGGCCGUGGUGGACCCGCGCCUGCGCGUGCACGGCCUCAAGGGGCUGCGCGUCGUCGACGCCUCCAUCAUGCCCAAGAUCGUGCGCGGAAACACCAACGCGCCCGUCAUCAUGAUCGCCGAGAAGGCCGCCGACAUGAUCAAGGAGGACUGGCUGUAG